GUUACUUCUGUGACUUGGGCCACAAAUCACCAUGUCUCGGUCCCGUCAACCCCCCCUGGUGACGGGCAUUUCUCCCAAUGAAGGAAUCCCAUGGACGAAGGUCACAAUUAGAGGAGAAAACUUGGGGACUGGCCCCAUGGACCUCAUAGGUUUGACAAUCUGUGGCCACAAUUGCCUUCUGACGGCAGAAUGGAUGUCGGCGAGCAAAAUCGUAUGCCGGGUCGGCCAAGCCAAAAACGACAAAGGGGACAUUAUUGUCACAACCAAGUCAGGUGGCAAAGGAACCUCAACCGUGUCUUUCAAGCUCCUCAAGCCCGAAAAAAUAGGUAUUUUGGAUCAGUCGGCAGUAUGGGUUGACGAGAUGAAUUAUUAUGACAUGCGCACCGACAGGAACAAAGGAAUUAGCCCCUUGUCCCUCCGUCCUGCAAACCCACUUGGCAUCGAUAUCGAAAAGAGUAAAUUUCCCCAGAAGGACUUGGAAACGCUGUUCCCAGGAAUGAGUGCGGAUUUCACCAGUGAGAAUUUCUCAGCUGCCUGGUACCUGAUAGAGAAUCAUUCCAAUACGAGUUUUGAGCAGCUGAAAAUGGCAGUCAGCAACCUGAAGAGACAGGCCAACAAGAAGAGCGAAGGCAGCCUGGCCUACGUCAAAGGGGGUCUCAGCACGUUCUUCGAGGCUCAGGACGCGCUGUCAGCCAUCCAUCAAAAACUAGAAGCGGAUGGAACGGAAAAAGUCGAAGGAUCCAUGACGCAAAAACUGGAGAAUGUUCUCAACAGAGCAAGUACCACUGCCGACACGUUGUUUCAAGAAGUUUUAGGUCGAAAGGACAAAGCAGAUUCCACUAGAAAUGCACUUAACGUGCUUCAGCGAUUCAAGUUUCUCUUCAACCUUCCCCUAAAUAUUGAAAGGAAUAUUCAAAAGGGUGAUUAUGAUGUGGUUAUUAAUGACUAUGAAAAGGCCAAGUCCCUGUUCGGGAAGACGGAGGUGCACGUUUUCAAGAAAUACUACGCCGAGGUGGAAACCCGGAUUGACGCCCUACGCCAGCUGCUCCUGGACAAGCUGCUGGAGACGCCGUCCACCUUGCACGACCAGAAGCACUAUAUACGGUACCUGUCGGACCUGCACGCGCCCGGCGACCCUGCGUGGCAGUGCAUCGGGGCCCAGCACCGCUGGAUCCUGAAGCUUAUGCACAGCUGCAAAGAGAACUACGUCCAGGACCUGAAAGGCAAGACCCCCGGCCUCCACAGCCCCCUGCUGGACCUUGAAGGUGACAUGCGCCCCGGUUCCUCCGUGCUGAGCCACCUGAGCCAGACGGCGUCUCUCAAGAGGGGGAGCAGCUUCCAGUCCGGCCGCGACGACACGUGGCGGUACAAGACUCCCCAUCGGGUCGCGUUCGUCGAAAAAUUGACCAAGCUUGUCUUGAGCCAGCUGCCCAGCUUCUGGAAGCUUUGGAUCUCCUACGUGAAUGGGAGCCUUUUCAGCGAGACCGCUGAGAAAUCAGGCCAGAUGGAAAGAUCCAAGAAUGUAAGGCAGAGACAAAAUGAUUUUAAGAAAAUGAUUCAGGAAGUGAUGCAGUGCCUCGUGAAGCUCGUCCGCGGGGCUCUGCUCCCCCUCAGCAUCCCAGAAGGCGGCCUGAGGCAGUACGGGGGCUGGGAGGUGAAGGCUGAGCUCUCGGGACAGUGGCUGGCGCACGUCAUCCAGACCCUGAGGCUCACGUACGAAUCCCUCUCCGCCCUGGAGAUUCCUAACGACAUGCUCCAGACCGUCCAGGACCUCAUCUUGGACCUCCGAGUGCGCUGUGUGAUGGUCACGUUGGAACACACGGCGGAAGAAGUAAAGAGAUUAGCAGAAAAGGAAGAUUGGGUUGUCGAUAACGAAGGCCUGACUUCUCUACCGUACCAGUUUGAACAGUGCAUCGUCCAUGCUCUGCAGUCUCUGAAGAGCGUCCUGGACUGCAAGCCCGGAGAAGCCAGCGUGUUCCAGCAGCCCCAGACCCAGGAGGAUGUCUGCCAACUAAGCAUCACGAUCAUGCAGGUUUUUAUCUGCUGUUUGGAACAGUUGAGCACCAAACCUGAUGCGGAUAUAGACACCUCACAUCUUUCUGUUGAUGUUUCGUCCCCUGAUUUGUUUGGGAGUGUCCAUGAAGACUUCAGCUUGACGUCCGAACAGCGACUUCUGAUCGUCCUCAGCAACUGCUGCCGCCUGGAGCGACAUACUUUCCUGAACAUCGCCGACCACUUCGAGAAGCACAACUUCCAGGGCGCAGAGAGAAUCACGCAGGUCAGCAUGGCCUCCCUGAAGGAACUCGACCAGAAACUCUUUGAAAAUUACAUCGAGCUGAAAGCGGACCCCAUCGUCGGCUCCCUGGAGCCCGGGAUCUACGCUGGCUACUUCGACUGGAAGGACUGUCCCCCGCCGACCGGUGUCAGAAACUAUUUAAAAGAAGCACUGGUGAAUAUAAUUGCUGUGCACGCAGAGGUGUUCACCAUCUCCAAAGAAUUGGUGCCCCGGGUGCUGUCCAGAGUGGUGGAGACUGUGUCGGAAGAGCUCAGCCGCCUGAUGCAGUGUGUGUCGUCCUUCAGCAGAAACGGGGCGUUGCAGGCCAGGCUGGAGAUCUGCGCUCUGCGGGACACUGUGGCCGUGCACCUGACCCCCGACAGCAGGUCCAGCUUCAAGCAGGCGUUGGAAGCCCUGCCCCAGCUCUCCAGCGGCGCCGACAAAAAGCUGCUGGAGCAGCUACUCAACAGGUUCAAGAGCACCAUGCAGCUCCAGCUCGCCUGCUUCCAGGCCGCCGCCACCCUCAAGACCUGAGAGACCCGGCCGGGGGCCGCCAGUGCACAGUGA